GCACUCUACUGACUGUCCCGCUCCCUGGUAACGUUCAUAGUGCUCCUCUAUCAGUCCCCAGUCACAGGUGUUGUGUACGGUGCUCCACACAGGUGUUGUGUACGGUGCUCCACACAAGUGUUGUGUACGUUGCUCUAUACAGAGAAAAUGGUAUCGUGGGUGUCCCUGAACCAGGGAAUCAUGUGGAACAUGCGCCCCUGCUCGUCGUCCCUGAGCCCUCCAGUCACUCCUCAACACGACUCGCUCAAGCAGGGCCUCUACCUCCUCCUCUGUGACCAAAACUCGACUAUAUACAUCUUGUCCAAAGCUAGAGGCGAGGGUUGGCUGGGGACGCACAUCUGGCUGCUGGCUGGCCUUGAUCGCUCCCUCGUCUCCGCCUUACCACAGUUUUAUGUUCCAAUAGACUCCACUGUGGCGGAGGUGAAGUUUGCUACCAUAGACGUAUUCCACAUACACGAGCUUUGGUCACCAGGACACAAGAUAGGCCUGAAACAAUCCCAUCUGGCCACUUGGCGCGCCUGCCCAAUGUCCAGGAAGGUGAUCCUUGAAGCAGGUGACCAAGGAGAGUGGGCAGAGCAAGAGCCAGAGACCACGGGUGGAGGGUCGGCCAGUACUAGUACACCCGACCUUGAGGAAGUUGAUCACACAGAGUGGAUAGAGCAACAGGAGCCGGGGACCACAGCGAGGAGGCUCGUCUGGUCUAGCAUACCUAAAUAUGAACGAAGAAGAGAUCUUAGCGGCGUCCACUUCAUCGUCACUUCUAUUAACGACUCGCGGGCCCAUAGAACCCGCUACAGCCUCGACCUUGGCAGAGACGUCUUCAGCGGCUUCUUCGGAGAUGUGUGGGAACUCCUGAAAGACGAAAUGAACUUCACGUAUUCAACGUGAAAUUAAUACUCUGGCGGCCUGGUGGCUAACGCUCUCGCUUCACACGGUGAGGGCCUGGGUUCGAUUCCCAGCCAGAGUAGAAACAUUGGACCUGUUUCUUUCCACCUGUUGUCUAUGUUCCCCAUCAGUAAAAUGGGUACCUGGGUGUUAGUCGACUGGUGUGGGUCGCAUCCCGGGAUACUGACCUAAUUUGCCCGAAAUGCAGAGCAUAACAAGGGAGUUUCUAUAUAGUAGUAUGUCAUUGUUGUCAGCUAGGACUGUAUACCAUGUACAUGUACUUGUAGUAAAUAAAGAUAUUAUUAUUAUAAAAAUAUAAUUUUAAUUUAAAUUUUUUAUUAAUAGUAAUGAACAAUAUUCGCUUAUGAAAUUUGAUUGUGGGUAAAAGUGAGUCAUUAGGCUCAGAAAACAUCGCCUGUAAACCAAUAACAUGAAUAUUAUGAUAAUUAAAAUAGAGACGACA